AUUUAUACUUUCAAUAUAAAAAGAUAGGUACACUGUUUUAUUACCAAGUCUAUUUAAUAUUCUAUUAAAAAUAUUGCAAAAUGAACUGUGUAAUUUAUUUUGGUUUGCUAUUAUGUGUUAAAUCUUCUUUUGUGAUAAGUUCGACCAGUGGUUGUUCGGAACUUAUUGAUAAAAUUGAAAAACUCAAAAGUAAACCAAUCAAACAUAUUGGGCCAACAACAGGAGAAAUAUUUAAACAAGCUAAAGAAAAAACGUUAAUUUUGGGAAAUGAAAGUUUAAGUGUCGAACAAAUCAGUAAAAGUGUGAAAGUUAAGGAAAUCGAAAAAUUUGAAAAUAUAUUUCAAUAUUUAACUGAAUAUGAUAUGAUUAGCAUUGGAAAAUUUAUAGAAAAAUUGCAGGAAAUUGAAGACAAAAACGUAAAUGAAAUUAUUAAAAAAUUGAAAAUAUUCGAUAAAGGGGAACAUAUAAACGUACGAAUUUGUAGACAAAUUAUGAAUAAUCAAUAUUACCCAAUUCCAAGUGAUUGGGUUCCUACAUUUAGUAGACUCUAUGUUGGUUUUAAGAAACAUGAUAGAAAUCAAACCGGAAUAAUCCCUACAGUUUUUUUUAUGCACGUCAUCGUAAAUGUUCUUCCUAAUGAAGAAGUACAAGAUUCUAUAUUAAAAAGUUUAAAAGGUAUAGAAAAUGUUUGCUAUGAAGCAUGGUUAUUGAAAAAAAGAAAAGACUUGUAUGAUUGCCAUUCUGGUGUGCAAGGUUUAGCAAUGAAAUGUCUAAAUUACAUGCUAAAGUAAAAAACAAUAUUUUUCAUUUGUUUUAAAAGUGUUUGUUUUUUUAAAUAAAUCAUAUUAUUACCAAAA